AUGUUUCACCAUUUGAGGGGGAAAAAUGCACUACAUAACCACCUAUCGAGGUGCACCUGGGGGAAGUUCCCGCCUGGGGUUAUCCCCUACCGGAACCGCGGGCCCAAGCUAAGAGGUAUAACUGUGUUGAAGACUUUGAGAAGACCCCACAGUGGUUACAGUAAGAAGGGGGGCGACCCAUCGCACACCACAAGGCACAUAACGGAUUGCAAAGGUGGCAAAGCAGAUCCGUUUAAAGAAAGGCAUGAAAGGGACGGAGGGAGCGAACGCGGUGACAAGCUAAACUCAGAAACGUCCAUGUACUACCCAGAGCGCAAUUCCUUCCCAUAUGUGACGACCGGCAUCGUGCUGGGCAUGGUGGGCAUUUCGUCCUUCUUCCAACUUUUAAUUUACAACUUGAAAAAUUGCGACGACGAAUCGAGCAUCCUGCUGAGGGUAAACGAAAUCCUGGACCAUCUGGAUGCCUACUUUAUAAUUCACGAUUUUGAAGAGGGCCCAAGCGAAAGACGCAGUACAUGCGGAGAUGCCUCUGUACAGCCUAGCCUCUUCAACAUAAAAUAUUUGACGUCUCCAUUUUUCGUUAAUGAAAAUUUCCUACAGUGCGCAGUUCAGCUAUCCACUUUUUUUUUGGCCUCCAGAUUUCUCGAAAAACAAUUUGGGUCCCUAAAGUUUGGAUCCCUAUUCAUAUGCGGCUGCAUACUUUCCAAUCUUCUAACACAUCAAUUUUUAAAAUACCUUGCGAACCAAAUGGAAGCAUUAAACUUCUUCAGCUUUGUUCUCAUACACCCUUCUGGGUGCAUGGCUUUUAUAUGUGCCCUGUGUUCCAUUUGCUUCAAAAAUUGUGCCAUCUGGAAGGACAUUCCUGUCCACUGCUCGAUUUUAGUCGUUCCCUAUUUAUUUUCUUCCUUUUAUGGCCUCUUAUCUUUGUACAAAAUUGGAAAAAACAGCUUGGACAGGACUCACGGGGAGGUCACUCAGGAAGGAGGCUCUCCCAAUCAGCGGAACUCCCUUCAAAAUGUAGACGUUAAAGACCAUCCCUACGAAGAUCCCCCACAGAUGGGUAUGCCAAACACGAGUAGCACCCUUGCCAACGACCCAAUUGACCCCCUACACAGCAAUGACAAAGAACAACCAAAUGGCCUUUCCAGUAAUAAACACCUCCCAAGUGAAACCAUGGAAACUCUAAGGAACUUCCUAGUCGUAAAAGCAUGUGAUGGAGUUAUUAAGAGACGCAAAAAGGAAAAUAUGUUUCCAAACAAAAAGCUGCAGAACCUCAAAAAUGAAUCGCUAAGAAAUAUCAACGAAAUUAAUAACAAGUCGAAGAAAAUAUUUUUUGGUUUGUCUUCUUCCUUUACGGACAUAUGUGGCAUCCUGCUCGCCUCAUGCGCGCCUUUCCUUUUUAAAAUGAUC